CACAAACUCACAAUGCUAGAAGAGGAGCUAGAGAUAGCGCUGAAGGUGAUCGUAGUCGGGAACGGUGGCGUAGGCAAAACCUCCAUGGUUCAGCGAUACUGCAAGGGUAUCUACACGAAGGACUACAAGAAAACGAUCGGCGUGGACUUCCUGGAGCGACAGAUCGAAAUCGAUGGCGAAGACAUACGGAUCAUGCUGUGGGAUACGGCCGGCCAGGAGGAGUUCGAUGCCAUCACGAAGGCGUACUAUCGGGGUGCACAGGCGUGCGUGCUCACCUUCAGCACCACGGAUCGUGCCUCGUUCGAGGCGAUCCGCGAAUGGAAGCGUAAGGUGGAGAAUGAGUGUAGUGAAAUCCCGACCGUGCUAGUCCAGAACAAGAUAGACCUGAUGGAUCAGGCGGUGGUUUCGUUCGAGGAGGCGGAAGCGCUUGCGCACGCACUCGGCUGCCGGUUGAUCCGGACGUCCGUUAAGGAGGACGUGAAUGUGGCGACCGUGUUCCGGUACCUGGCGACCAAGUGCCACCAGAUGAUGAAGCAACAGUACAGCCAGUCGGCCCCGAUCAGCCAGCCGACGAUCAGUGCCUUUAGUCCGACGUUCCAGUCGAAAGCAGCCAGCAACACGAUCACCCUGACGAGGCCAUUGGUGAAGCGCAAACCGCUCCAGAAGCGGUGUGGGAUAUUCUAGCCGCGGGAUAGUGUAGAAUUAGUGUAUCGUUACGUUGUUUUUCGUUUUUAGG